CGCCAGGACGCGCACGGAGACCGUGGUGGACUACGUGCCGCUGGAGGAGCGCCGCUGCGGCCACCACGCGGGGGGCAACGCGCCGCUGACCGCGCGCUCCACCGCCGCCAGCACCCACACCGCGACCUACUCGGCCACGGAGACCGUCGACGGCCACACGGCGACCUUCACCUACACCGCCACCUUCACGGCCACCGUCACGGCGACGGUGCUCGCCGACGCCGGCGCCGCGGCGGCCGUGCUCGACCACGUGGCCGUGGAGGCCGUGGAGCACCCCGCGUGCCAGCUCGGCAGCGGUGUGAGCUCGCCCCAGGGCAGCGCGCGCGGGUCAGGCUCCUCUCUGGGGUCCUCCGGCUCCAGCCUCUCCUCGAGGGGAACAAGAAUUGGCACAGGCACGAUGUUUCGGAGGCCUGCGCGGGUUCCUUGGACCGGCGCCUCUUGGCGGCGCCCCCUG